AUGGCAAAGGUACUUUUUAUACUCAAUGAUCGCGAUGACCCUACUAUUGUUGGUGGCAAUCACUGGUCAUUGCUCGUAUUUGAUCGUGGAACUUCACGAUUUGAGUAUUACGACAGUAUGCGGCCGGCUAAAGACGCUGUCGCCAGACAGCUCGUGAACAUAAUUAAACCAGUUCUUGAUACUACAGAAGUGUCGUUUGUGAUUGUCGAUUGUCCUCAGCAACGUAACAGCUUUGACUGUGGGAUGUAUGUUAUCGAAUUCGUUCGACACCAACUGAAGCUGUCAGAAGAUUCAAUGUCCUUGGGUAUCAGUAGUACCUAUAUAGAGUCUGAGCGGCAACAUUGGCAGGAUACCAUCAUUUCAUUAUCUAAGGCUCAUAUGAUUACGCCCACGUUCAGUAUUGUACAGGAUGAUAAAUGGUUGAUUUUUAUAAUACGCGCCCCGUAUGCGAAAAUUGCAGACACAGAAAUUGAGUAUAGUGAUGAUAUCUUCAUGUUUUCUGCACCUCCAUAUUAUCUCAGAGUUCAUCUACCAAGAGAGGUUGUGGACGACAACACCGGAACAGCCAAAUACGAUUCAUCUCUUGGUGAAUUCACUGUCCGCGUUCCGAAGAAAAAUGUUGGCGAAAAUUUUCCUGGUCUAGACAUGAUCACAGAGCUUUUGAACCCUCAAAAGAAAAUUAGUGCUCAACACUUGGUCGAGGAGAUGUGCAACACUGAUGAUGAAGAAGAAGAUGAAUCUGAAGGUAGCGAGUACUUUGUUGAGCAAAAAGUGACUGAUAUUCAAGCGGGAUGUAGCGAAAACUGCAAUGACGUGUAUGGUUAUGGAUUUGCAUGGCGGCGUAAAGGAAUUCUCGGUCAGCUAAACGAAGAAAUUGGUGGACUUGUCGAAAUCACCGAUCCAGAACAUUCCGUAAUUCAAGAAAGGAGCGAACAAUGCGCUGAACGCGAUGCCGAGGCAUUCGAUGCUGAACGUUACUUGUUAGAUUUGUUGGAACCUGAAGAUGCCCUCAAACAUGUACUCUCGUUAGAUUUUGGCCUGAGACUUGAUGUGGACGCAGAUGAUCGUCAGCGUCUCAAAGAUUUUCCAAGGAAGCGACUUCCUGUGUAG